UUUGAAACGGUCAGGACUCAUCUGCCCUGUUUUACACAGCUUACCAUGUUGUUGCAUUAAAGCCUUUUAUUUUACAGCAAGAUGUUUGCUUCUGUCUUUGUGGUCAUACUGGGCUUGUUCUACUGCAGCAAAGAAAGCAGUCAGUCAUUUCUGGGGCGUCCACAGCUGUAUGGCCCCUCGGAGGCUUUAGCUAAAAAAGCUGUAGAAUUUGAAUGUGAAGUGCUGGACUACCCAGAAGAUGAGCUCAUCUUGUUGCAAUUAUUCAAGGUGGGUGACCAUAAUUGGUUGUUGGGUGAAUCCACCUCACUGGACGGGGAGGUUGCAGUCAUUCCCAUGAUAAUCAAAACAUCUCAUGAGGGAUACCUGGAGUGUGUUGCCAGUGCACAGAACAACUCAGAGAUAACGCCCACUGUGAGCCACCCACACUACCUGAAGGUUGUUGAGCCAGUGGAAGGUGCAGAGAUCAUCCAUUCAGGUCCAGUGGAGCUCUAUGAGGGGAAUCCACUGAAGCUACGGUGUGAACUCAGUGCCGGAACUCACGUUUCCUACAAGUGGCUGCUCAAUGGUCAGCCCGUCUCGCAGUCUCCAGUCCGCUAUGUUGCAGAUGACCGCCUCAUGAUCUACAGAACUUCUUCUGGAGAUAGCGGCUCCUACGUGUGUGUGGCGACCAACACUUUCAACAAAACAAGGGUCUUCAGCUCCAACAGCUCUAAAGUUGUAUUCACAGUUAAAGAUUUGGUGUCAAACCCAAGCAUCACGUUCACUGUGUUAAAGGAGGAUUCCCAAAAUUAUUCUGCUGUGGUCACCUGUGAGUCAACAAGAGGAACUCCACCCAUCACCUUUUCCCUCUACAACAGGACAGAACUGGUGUCAAAUAUGACAACUGAUGAUAGGCAAGCUACAUUUAAGGUUCCACUGGUCUUGGACCGCCACUUGGGAUGGCUCCAGUGCCAAGCAAACAACAGCGACCGAAUUGCAUACAGUGAUUGGUUGCCUUUAGAAGUUGUUCCAGUUGGUGGGCCGGUGACGAUGCAUUACGAUUUUGACCUUGGAGAAAACUAUGCUAUUGUAAGUCUGAGGUUCUACUGCAAGGUAAAGAAGGGAUCUCAUCCACGGUACCAGUGGUUCCUCAACAAAACACUUCUACAAGACCGAGGAAGCUUCUACUAUGUGGCCAAUGAGCCUCCAAAACAAUCUAUACUGCUGCUGUCUGUAGGGAGGAGCAGCACUGGGACGUACCGCUGUGAAGUAUCCGACAGCUUUGACAACACCACUGCCAUAAGCAGCAAGAAGCACUAUUUGGAUAAAGACGUGCUGAAUCGCCUUCCCAUCUUGCUGGUGGCGGUUGUCUUUGGAUGCUUCACGACCCUGAUUCUCCUGGUGUCCAUUUGUUGCUGCAUUGGAGUGAUGUUCAGGCGGAGGCAGUAUGGGGAGAAGUCUCUGUUGAACCUGGAGAUGGAGAGGAUGACCGUUGCAUAUGAGGGCGACCUGGACUUGUCAAUGUACAAUGAGGACCCUGAUGUGGUCAACACAGCCAGAGGAGAUGAAUUUGAUCAGGUGAGAUUAGAUGGGUUUAUUAUUGGUUACAAACAGCCAGUCAAACUCUUGUGUUUGUGUCCUCCUCAGACAUCUGAAGCUUCUUUGGAUGAAUGGCUCCACAUUGAAGAAGAGAAGACGACGUUGGAAGAUGAACAUGUUUAAAGUGCCACGGGGACGUUUGCUCUGCAAACACAGGCUGUUGUGGUUAAAUAAACAUCUGAUGCUCUGUCGUGUCA